AUGUGCAACAAACCAAAGAUCCCAGGAGGGCUACAAUUGGCCAUUGAAAAAGGCCUUUCCUAUGAUGUUCAAAGGUAUCUUGAUGAGGGAACAAGCCCCGAUCUUUGUGACAAGAAGAACAAGCAGAGCCAGGGAAAACCGCUGUUAGCACUUGCUGUUAUCAAUGACCAGAUACGUAUAAUCGAGCUUCUUAUAAAGUAUGGCGCCAAGGUUGAUAAGAAGGACUCCCAUGGCCGAACUCCGCUAUCCUGGGCAGCUGAGCAUGGUGCAUUUCAAGCUGUGAAGCUGCUUAUCGAACAUGACGCAAAUGUCAAUACCGAAGAUAAAGAAUGGACAACACCGCUCGCUUGGGUAGUCUAUGCAGGCACAAGGGAUACUCAGAGAAUGCAGGACUACCUUAUUUCCAAGGGUGCCAGGAUAGAAAUGCGCCAUACUUUCUUCGACACGUUUAUAUAUUUACUGGCUACCAAUUUUGAGAGUGGGGACAUGGGAUUUUAA